AUGGCUGCUACACCAAAGACCGCGGUCGUGUUAGUUGACCCUUACAAUGACUUCCUCCACCCAGAGGGCAAGCUCACCCCGCUCCUCAAAGACCUUGACGAGCAAAAUGCAAUCCAGAAUAUGAAAGAGCUAGUCCAGACGGCUCGCCUCCAUAAUAUCCCUGUGUAUUAUGGCCUUCAUCAACAGUGGAAGGGUGAAAGUUUCAGCGGUUGGAGACACAUGACCCCUAGCCACGUGAAGCAACAAAACAUUCACUUCUUUGAAGAAGGCACUUUUGGCUCUCGUAUCUACGAGGGGCUGGAGCCUGAUUUGAGCAACGGGGAUGUGGUCGUGAGCAAACAUUGGAAUAGCGAUUCUUUCCAGAACACUGAUCUGGACUUUCAGCUCCGACAACGCGAGAUUACGAAUCUGGUUCUUGCAGGACUAGUGGCUAAUACUUGUCUGGAGGCCACUGCAAGACACGCUUUUGAACUGGGCUAUCAUGUUACGCUCCUGAAAGAUGCAACUGCAAGUUGGUCCAAGGAGCUCACCGAUGCAGCCUCGGGUUUGGUUUGGCCGUUGUUUGCCCAGGUUCAGACUGUGGAGGACUGGGCCAAUACUCUUGAUGCAAAGUAG